AUGAACUGGGUCACUGAUGAGCGAGACCUCUACCGCAUCGGGCUUCUACGAGAACAGGUUGCUCUGCACUUGAAAGGAAAGACUAUUAUUCUAGUUGCAUACAUUGAUGAUCUCAUAAUUAUUGGUGAUGAGAUCUCUGCGAUGAAGAAGUUCUUGAGCAAGCAGUUUCAUAUUAUAGACCUUGGCAAGCUCAAGUACUUUCUUGGCAUUGAGGUAUUACGAUCUUAUGACAAGCUUCUCCUUUGUCAGAUGAAGUAUAUGCUCGAUAUGCUCACAGAAAGCGGGUUGCUUGGAUGCAAACCUGUUGAUUCCCAGAUGAUCCCUGAGACCAAGCUUAUGACAGAAGAUGGAGAAUUACUACAUGAUCCUGAGAGAUACCGUAGAUUGGUUGGUAAAUUAAAUUAUCUGAUUGUCAUGGGAUUCACCGAUGCAGAUUGGGCAGGCUAUCCUACAAGUCAGAGAUCCACCACUGGAUUCUAUAUCUUCUUUUGUGGUAACCUUGUUUCCUGGAAGAGUAAGAAACAAACUGUUGUGGCUCGGUCUAGCGCAAAGUGA